AUGUCUGCUCCAGGCUCAAUUACCUCAUCCGCCGGCACGCCUACAGCCCUACUGCUUAUUGACAUUCAAGUUGGACUGAACACAUCACACGGACUCUUUGGGACGGAGCGUUCGACACCAAAAUUCGAAGAGAACAUCAAAUCGCUCCUCUCAGCGGUGCGCAAGUAUAAUGAUACCUCUAGUACAAGCUGGCCGAUAACCAUCUUCCACAUCUUCCACAAAUCAUUGAAUCCAGAAUCACCGCUAUACCCAGAUUCCAGCAGACAUCCGGGUGGUGUGGAAUUCCAACCUUGCGCUCAACCGAUCGAGUCGUCGCAGCAUGAAAUAGUCUUCUCGAAGAGCACGAACUCUGCGUUUAUCAACACACCACUGGAAUCAUACAUUCGAUCGAAAGGCAUCAAGCAGCUCAUCAUUGCAGGACUUGUAACGGACCACUGUGUGAGUACUUCCACUCGCAUGGCCAAGGACCUGGCGGUUGUGGAGCCCGAGAAGCUCUUUAUCGUGUCGGACGCAACAGGCACAUUCAAUAGAGGCGGCUUUGAUGCAGAGACGGUCCAUCGAGUGAACUUGGCAAGUCUGAGAGGGGAGUUUGCCAACGUAGUAACUACAGAGGAGGUCUUGAGCGGACUGAUUAAUUUGCAUUGA